AGGCGCAAUGGACCGCUGGCUGAGCAUUGUACUUCUAGGGGCACUGCUGGCCCUGGUCUCUGGACCGGGGAGCCAUGGCAACACGAUCAAGGAGCGCAACCUUUUCGCCACAGAGCUAUUUCAGACACUGGCCACCGAUCGCCAGGAUGAGAACGUGAUCAUCUCGCCGGUGUCCAUCCAGUUGGCCCUGGGCCUGGCAUACUACGGAGCGGAGGGCAGGACGGCGUUGGAGUUACAGAAGACACUGCACGCCUCGGCCAAGGAGAGCAAGGAUGGGCUGGCCGAGACCUACCACAACCUCCUGCACUCCUACAUCAAGUCCAAGACAGUGCUGGAGAUUGCCAACAAGGUCUACACCCGAGAGAAGCUGAAGGUGUCGGACCACUUCCGGGAGGUGGCCCAAAAGUACUUUGACUCCGAGGUGGAGCCGCUCGACUUCAGUCGCGAAACGGAGGCGGUGGAGAAGAUCAACCAGUGGGUCAAGCAGCAGACGCAGGACAAGAUCGAGCGAGUGGUGGACAGCCUGGAGCCGGACACCAACGUGGCCCUGGUAAACGCCAUCUACUUCAAGGCCCGCUGGGCCCGACCCUUCAACGACGAAGACACCCGCGACCGGGAGUUCUGGCUGAGCGAGCGACAGUCUGUCCAGGUGCCCACGAUGUUUGCCGACAACUGGUACUACUAUGCCGACUACCCCGAGCUGGACGCCAAGGCCAUCGAGCUGUUCUUCGAGAACAUCAACCUGACCAUGUGGUUCAUCCUGCCCAACCAGCGUUCCGGACUGCAGGCUCUGGAGCAGAAGCUCAAGGGCGUUGACUUCAAGCUGCUCGAGGAGCGUUGGCAGUGGCAGAGCGUCUCGGUCUACCUGCCCAAGUUCAAGUUCGAGUUUGACACCGACCUCAGGCCAACGCUGCACAAGAUGGGGAUCAGCGCCAUGUUUUCGGAUGCAGCCGACUUCAGUAACAUUUUCCAGGACUCUCCCAUUGGCACACGAAUCACCAAGGUGCAGCACAAGACCUUCAUUGAUGUGAACGAGAUCGGGUGCGAGGCGGCUGGUGCCAGUUAUGCCGCAGGGGUGCCCAUGUCCCUGCCCUUGGACCCGAAGACCUUUGUGGCCGACCAUCCGUUUGUGUUCAUCAUUCGCGACAAGCACGCGGUUUACUUCACUGGCCACAUUGUCAAAUUUUAGCCUUCUCAUAUAU